UUUUCCCAUCAUAUCAGAGGGGGAGAAGGAGCUUCAACGUCUCCUUGUCAGGUGCGGCGGCGGGAGAAGACAUUAUCGGCGACGAGGGGGAUGGAGGACUGCCCGCGGAUGAAGGCGACUGUUGUGACUGACCGCUGGGCGAACCUUGCGAGGAACGAGUGCUCGGGCGGCCUCGCGGCGGAGACGGCGGUGAAGGCGCUGGAGGAAGCCCGGGGGAGGGGUUACGUACGUCAGGGACUGCUGACACUCCUUCUUCACUCGCACUCUCCUCAGGCUCAGGCUCUGGCGCAGGGUUUGGAGGGAGAUCUCCUCGCGCUUGACUUGGAUCGACAGGGCGAGAAUGCCGUGAGGUGGAGCGAGACGCGAGGGUGCUGUGGGGACCAAGUGGCGGGGGUAAUCCUCCUCAAUCGAUCGGGGUGUCCGAUUUGGGCACGGUUGCUGCUCGCAGCGGUAGAGGGCAGUCUCAGGGCCGUCUACGAUGUAGACGUCGAUGAGAUCUUGAGAGUCAAAGGCAUGAACCUGGCCUCGACAGGCAGCCACGGUGAAUGGGGGGAGGACGGGGAGAGUAAAGUAGGGGUGCACACCACCCGACCUAUAGGAAGUGAAAAAGGACAAGAGGUCGAAACUGAGGUCCCUAGGGCAGCAGAGGCCGGCUUAUAUACAGGGGAGGUUAAGGGCAGGCUGUGCGCGUUGGUCUGUGCGCAGCUGGUCCGUGCACAGCAUGCCGAUGCGGCCCCGGGGGCCGUAGAUAACGACGUGUCCAUAUCAGGUAAGUAG